AUGGAAUCUAAACACAAUAUAUCAAAAUUGAAGAUCUUCUUUUUCAUCAUAAUACAAAUUCCUAUAUCAUUUACCAUGUUUUAUUUAUUUCAAAGUAAGAUGAAAAAUGGAACAGAGAAUGAGCAAUCAAACAAAAUAGUAGAUGUACAAGAAAAGCCAUUUUGUGUAAUUUUGCUUUGGAUACGGCCAUUCAACUACCAGUUUCCACUCAACAACUGUCCACAAUCCUUUGAUUCUUCUGACUGUUUUUUUACACUUGAUCGCAAUAUGUUCUCAUCAGCAAAAGCUGUUGUUAUUGACCACAGGAACGUAUGUGAUUCCAAACAGCAACUGCCUCAGAUACCAAGCUCACCGAAUCAGUACUGGAUUUGGUUUAACACAGAGUCCCCAUCUCACAGUCCAAAUUUAGCCUUUAUGGAUAAUCUUAUGAAUCUUACUAUGUCAUAUCGAGCCGACUCUGAUAUUUUUGCACCUUAUGGUUGGCUGGAAAUGCACAAUGGAGAACAAAGCUUCACCAUUCCUGAGAAGACCAAGUUGGUGGCCUGGGCAAUCAGUAAUUGGAAUACAUCGUCCAGAAGAGUGAAAUACUAUGAAGAGCUAAAAAAUUAUUUAAAGGUUGACCUCUUUGGAAAAUUUUACAAUUAUAUACCUUUAGCAAAGACUGAGAAAUUAGCAACUCUAUCCAAAGAUUGUGAAUUUUGUGGAGAGUAUAUAAGGCUGGUACAACCGGUGUAG